GUUAAACCCCUGACACUUACCUGUGGAUGUAUGGGUUAUACUCUAUGGCUUUACCCUUUCCUGCCACGUCGGCUGCCGUAGUGGACUACACAUCCCUAAGAUAACGGAAGGAGUGUCUUUUCCCUUAGCCACCGACACUGAUAAUCAACAAUCGAACUGAUUCCGUUCGAAACGCCAGCCAACAGUAGACGAUGAGGUUGAAGGAGAUUCUACGGACGGCUACCCAGGCAUGGAGUCCUGCAGCUCAUCAUCCUGCGUUCUUGGCCUUAGGUACCUCUGCUCAGCAGCUAGAUGCCUCUUUCAACACUACUGCUGUCCUAGAGAUCUUCGAGAUGGAUUUUGCAGAUCCAUCUGUGGAGAUGAAGCUCAGAGGAACCCUUGCAACCUCUAACAGGUUUCACAGUCUGAUCUGGGGGAACUUUGGCCUGGGAACAGAUGGCUCUGCGGGUAGGCUCGUGGGAGGAGGUGAAAACGGCACAAUCACAGUGUACAACCCAGACGUCAUUUUAGCCUCAGGAGAAGAUGUCAUUGUUGGCCAGGCCACCAAACACACAGGUCCAGUGAGAGCACUGGACUACAAUCCUUUCCAAAGUAAUCUUCUGGCGUCUGGGGCAAAUGAUUCUGAGAUAUAUAUCUGGGACUUGAACAAUUUCAGCAAUCCUAUGACACCGGGAGCAAAAUCACAGAUAAACGAGCCGGCUGAAGAUGUCAGUGUUGUGGCGUGGAACAGGCAGGUUCAGCACAUCCUGGCAUCAGCCAGUCCCAGCGGCAAAGCCGUUGUCUGGGACCUGAGGAAGAACGAGCCAAUCAUCAAGAUUAGCGACCACAGCAACAGGAUGCACUGCUCUGGGAUGCUGUGGCACCCAGAGGUGGCCACUCAGCUGAUUCUGGCCUCCGAAGAUGACCGGCUUCCCGUCAUUCAGAUGUGGGACCUGCGCUUCGCCACGUCUCCCCUUAAAGUCCUAGAGAAUCACACAAGGGGAAUUCUCUCCAUAUCCUGGAGCCAGGCUGACGCAGAGCUGCUUCUCAGCAGCGCCAAAGACAACAGGAUCCUCUGCUGGAACCCCGCCACUGGAGAGGUAAUCUAUGAGCUGCCUACUAUCAACCAGUGGUGCUUUGACGUCCAGUGGUGCCCCAGGAAUCCAGCCCUGCUGUCCGCCGCUUCGUUUGAUGGGCACAUCUGCGUCUAUUCAGUCAUGGGAGGCAACCUGGAAGCUGUGCAACACAGCAGUGUGGAUAAGAUAUCAGCAUCGUUUGAUGCCAUGGACCCCUUUGGGACGGGCCAGGUCCUUCCACCCCUGCAGAUGCCCCAGUCCCCCACCCAACAGGCCACCAUCGUCCCCCCGCUCCGAAAGCCUCCCAAGUGGGUGCGCCGUCCAGUUGGAGCUCGCUUUGCUUUUGGGGGGAAGCUGGUGACCUUCGAGAGCCCCAAGGCCCUCCAGCAGCCGGGCCCCCAGCUCACCCCGCGGCAGGUGUUUGUCAGCCAGGUCACCACGGAGACGGAAUUCCUCCAGCGUUCCCGGGAUCUGCAGGCGGCUCUCCAGUCAGGCUCCUUCUCCAGCUACUGCCAGGCCAAAGUCCAGAACGCCCCCUCCGACUGCGAGCAAGACGUCUGGAAGUUCCUCAUGGUCAACUUUGAAGAUGAAGCCCGUGUGAAGUUCCUGAAGCUGUUAGGAUUUAGUAAAGAUGAAUUGGACAAAAAGAUUUCCACAUGUUUAGGGAAGAGCCUUCAGCCAAAUGGACAUGGUGUGGACGCUAAUGACCUGGCUGAGAAGAUGCAGGUCCUCUCUGCAGAGAGAUCAAGUGAGUCUCCUGCAGCCGCCAGUCCACGCUCAGACUCCCCAGCCGACUUCUUCAGCCAGAUGCCCAAAGAGAAACCUAGCUUCCAAAUCCCCGUCUCUGCAGACAAAGACGGCCUGAUCAGCCAGGCUCUGCUGGUGGGGAACUUCGAGGGGGCCGUGGAGCUGUGCCUGAGCGACGGCCGCUACGCCGAGGCCAUCCUGCUGUCCAUCAGCGGCGGGGAGGCGCUACUCAAGAAGACCCAACAGAGAUACCUGGAGCGCCAGAAGAACAGCGUCUCCAUGCUCAUCUCCUCAGUGGUGACGCAGAACUGGCAGGACAUCGUGCAGAGCUGUGAGCUGGACAACUGGAAGGAGGCCCUGGCCGCGCUCCUGACCUACGCUCACCCCGAGGAGUUCGCCCCACUCUGUGACACGCUGGGCUCUCGUCUGGAGGCCGGAGGCACGGAGAAGAACCGGCUGCAGGCCUGCCUGUGCUACAUCUGCUCCGUGAACAUCGAGAAGCUGGUGGAGUGCUGGGCCCAGCAGAGGGACUCCUCCUCGCCACUGGUCCUGGAGGAUCUGGUGGAGAAGGUGAUGAUCCUGCGGAAGUCCAUCGAGCGCCUGCGGAACGGGGAGGUGUCCGUGCAGAGCCCCGUCCUGGCGGAGAAGCUCACCCACUACGCCAGCCUGCUGGCCUCGCAGGGCAGCCUGGCCACCGCCAUGAGCUACCUCCCCGACAGCUCGGACCAGGCCAUCAUCCAGAUGCUCCGGGACAGGCUGUUCCACGCCCAGGGGAUGGGUGCCCAGGGUCAGCCCUCCCCCAAACCCUCAGUGGGCAGUGCCAGGCAGGGCCCUGCAGCUGCGCCCGCUCCUGCUCCAGCUCCGGCCCAAAUUCCCACCCAAAACGCACCCAAACAGCAACAGCAGGUACCAUUCCAGCCCUCCAUGCCCUCACGGAUGCAAGACGCCGGACUCCCCCCGAUGCCCCGCACCUUAGCCCCACAGGCUCCCGACGCCAUGGCCCCGCCACCCGGCUCCCACGCCGCCCCCUCGGGCAUGUUGUCCCGGCCGGGCCAGAGGCCCAUGUACCCUCAACAAGUAAACCCCGCCCCAGGGUUCCCUCCCUCUCAGCCAUUCCAUCCUCAGAACGUGCCCAUCAGCGCUCCUCUGGGCUUCAUGUCUGGCCCUCAGGUGCCCCCGUCGUCCUCCUCGUCCGCGGGCGGCCUGCCCAUGAUGCCCAACCCCGUAGGGCCACCCCCGGCCGGCUUCCUGCCCCCCUCGUCGUCGGUCCCCUCCACGCCUCCGACAAUGCCACCCAAUGUCCUGCCAGGGGCGCCCGUGCCUAUGUACCCAGGAGGCCCUCACGGCCAGGGGGGGAUGCCUCCCCCUAUGCCCGGUGUCUCCUACCCACCCAUGGGGGCAGGCUACCCUCAGGGAGGACCAGGGGCGCCGGCAUCCAGGCCGGUUAGUGCCCCAACGGUAGCCCCCCCUCCGACAGGUUAUUUUCCGUGGCUGAGCUCCCCUCUUGAGGAUGAAGCUCAAGAGGGCUGGAACGACCCUCCAGCCGUGAGGGGUGGUCCCAGGAAGAAGAAGUUUCCUGAGAACUACACUCCCAUGGCCCCCAUCACAGCCCCGGUCAUGGGCUACCCCGUAGAGGCCCCUCUGCCUCAGGACCGUGUGCAGGUCCCCCCCGGGGCCCCCCAGGAGCCAAGUGUGCAGCUCCUGGCGCAGCUGCCUGCCGAGCGCGUGGAGCAGAAAGAGAUCCCUGCUGAGCACAUGGUCCUCAAGAACACCUUCGACAGCCUGGUACAGAGAUGCCAGCUGGCUGCAGGAGACCCGCAAACGAAAAGAAAACUUGAAGACGCAGCAAAGAGGCUUGCCCACCUGUACGACAAGCUGAGGGACCAGGCUCUCUCUCCCAGCAUCCUUGGCGGCCUGCACGAGAUCUGCCGCGGCGUGGCAGCGAGGAACUACCAGCACGGCCUGGAGGUGCACACGCAGAUCGUCAGCAGCAGCAACUUCAGCGAGAUCUCCGCCUUCAUGCCCAUCCUCAAAGUGGUAAUGACCAUUGCCAACAAGCUGGCCGUCUAAACACCCCCCUCCCCACAACCCCUCCACCCAACAGCGGUCAUGUGGUGGGAGGGUGGGGGAAUCGAUCACCACCAAUGACUCCAGUGUUAAAACUCUAAAUAUGAUAUUUAUUUCUGACCGAUUUGUCAGGUUACAAGAGAGAGAGAGAGGGAAAAAAAAAAAGCUCCAGCUGUACCAACAUUGCUGCAGAUUUUUUUUUUUUUUUUGCGUGAUUCAUUGUUUUUGUUUUCCUUUUUCUUUUUUUAUGCAUUUUAUAACUCCGAUGCUGUGAGCCUGUGUUCUCGGAAGAGAGUUGGCAAUGCUGCUGUUGCCAUCAUGGUUUUUUUGGAUAGGAAUUACCGGUAGUUUAUUUUCCAGUUGCUUUAAACAUGACGAUGUUUCCAAAGGUGUGUCUUACGCUCCUCAGCUUGACACAGUGUGACGAUUCUGCUGAAGUUCUAAAGGAACCUCAAAGUUAAAGGCAACAAAUAUGUGGAUGUAGUGAGCUUAUAACAUCUGAAGCAUUAUAUUUUUAACAAAGGUCACUGGGAUUUAUUGUGGUAGUGUAAACAUAUUGCGACGCCAACUAGCUAACCCUUUUUUUGCUUUCAGCACUGAUCAGCUUCAGCCUCUUCAACAGUUAACUACCAACCCUAGAUAUGGGGUUAAAAAAAACAACAACACACACAUUGUGCCAUCUGCUUCCAGUGUUGUCACACGGUUAUUUCUGAUUAUAACAGCACUUCACUGUCCAGGGAAUGUAGUUAGAAAAGAGUCUGUUUCCCUUAAAUGUUGGGCUUGAAUGUCUAAGUAGUUCUGUGUGUUUCAUAUGUCUGAAUGAACUGGUCUUAAGGAAUCACAUGCAGCGUGAGGUAUUAUGGUCGGGGGGAGUCAAAAGUGGGUACUUAACUAACUCAAAUGUGUAUGUGCUGCAUCUGUGUGUGUGUGUGUGUGUGUGUGCUGCAUUUGUGUGUGUGUGUGUGUACGUGUGUGUGCUGCAUCUCUCCGUGUGUGUGUGUGUGUCAUGAGCAGCUCGGAGUUUGUCAUUUGGUCACUGGGCUUUCCUACCCAACCAAUACCACAUGACGAGUUAUGAUCUUGUCUGCUGCACUGCAUUUUGAGGUUGAUUCACUCAAUAUGUUGUGAUUGUUGCGUCCCACAGUGCAGCUUGUCUCUGUAUCAAAGCUGGCCCUGAUCUGGAACCCCUCUGGGUCAUUGACAUCUCUGUGCCAAAUCUGACCCAGGGUCCAGUGGCUCUCUGGGAUGCUUACGUAUUGGAAAAGGGUGGUGUCUACUCUUAUGCCUGACAAUUUAAACAUGGCUGAAAAUGAAUUGAGUCAUUGUGGUGUUCCUCGGUCAUACAUGUUUUAGUAGUCAUUUGGGAUAUUAUUCAUUCAGUCUUCUGAAGGAGAUUUCCCCUUAUGCUGUAGAUAUAGAACGAUGGGUAGUGUGGGUAAUAUUUGGAGAAUUGGAACAUAUUUUGAAAAAGUAUUAUUUUCCUCCGUGGCAAUGCGGGAAGAAAAACACACCACUAACGUUGCAGAAAUGUUUUGUUUUCUAUCAAAGUGAGUUGUGGGGGUUUAGGGGGAAAAAAUACUCCCUUUACGAAGAUGUCAUGCUGGGUAUGCAAUGUGUACAAAUGUUGAAAAAAGUCAUUUUGUCUGCGAAGAGGAAAUAGAAAGACACGAACAGGCUAAUCAGUAGAUAUUUUCUGUCGAUGUGCGGUGUUAAAAUGUGCGAUGAACACAAACGCCUCAAAGAUGAGGAAGGCUGACAAGUGCCUCUGUGCUUCGUUCACUUUUGUCCCACACUCCUAACCUAUGUAUUUAUACAGUAAUUUACUGCAAAUGUUGUCAUUCAUCGCUGUAUUUCGCUUUUCUUAUAAAACCUGGUAAUUGGA